AUGUCCGAGUCCAAGGGAAAGUACCGACUCGCCAUCACGAAUGCACUGAUGAUCCAGCCGGGCGAACCUGAGAACCCCGUAACAGCAGACCUGCUCGUCGCACAAGAUGGAACUAUCGCGUAUAUUGGCUCCGAGACCAAGGACAAGAUUGAAAAUGCUGACAGGGUCAUUGACGCCACCGGUAAGUGGUUACUCCCCGGAUUCGUAUCUGCCCACAGCCACCUCUGGCAACAUGGGCUUGCCUCGAGAGCCCCAAACAGCAACGUCGCCGAGUGGUCAACCGUCGUUGGCAAUUCAAUGAGACGCGUCAGGCCUUGUGAUAUGUAUAUGGUCACCUUCAACGGGGCUUUGGGUCAUGUCCGGAAGGGAAUAACGACGGCCUUCAACUCCACGUGUUGCCUUGCUUUCCGAGAUGGUCGAGCAGAACGGGCCCAGUUUGAGGCCGUGCUCGACGCGGGAAUUAGGUUCGUACACGGAUUCAGUAUUGGUCACGUCACGAAAAGAUGGUCUGAGGCUAGAGCCAUUGCACGUACUGAACUAUUCCGCUCGUGGUGUUCGACAUUCGAUGUCCCAGAUCACUUUUUCGGCUCCCGAAUGGUCCUCCAAGGUCUGGAGUAUGAUGAGAAAAGAACACUUGCAACAGAGGCAAUGAUCAAGAAGCGGUUCAGCUUGGAUGGCUACAUCAGUUAUCUCGAGAGUCCAGACUCCAAUCAUAUUGCCGUCGGAAAAGCUGGCUGGGCGUGGCUUAAGGAGUUCGAACUCGUGCAUCAGGAAAUGACUAUUGGCCAUUUCCUUCAUACCAGCACUGCACCUGAAAUCGUCCAAGAGGCUGCCAAAGCGGGCAUGCGGAUGACCUGGAAUCCCCUGUCGAACGGCCGACUGGGCAGUGGUGUCCUCGACCUACCGAAGGACAUCCCAAUCGCACUGGGCGUGGACGGUGAAGCUGCAAGCGGCCGCUGCGACCCUUUCGAAAACAUGCGAAUGGGUCUGUACAGCGUUCGACAGAGCAAACAGUCAGCAGGGGCCCUGGCCCCUCAUGAAAUUUAUUUCAUGCACACACUAGGGGCUGCUCAAGUGCUCAAUAUCGCGGACCGGGUGGGCAGUUUGGAGACGGGCAAAUUGGCCGACAUGAUCCUCCUCAAGCCGCCACAUACUAGGGAGAUCAGGGACCAUGUUUCAGCACUUGUAUUUGCGUCGGGGGUGGAAGAUAUCGAAGUGGUGUUCAUUGGUGGUCUGGAGGAGUGGCCACGCAGUCGGCCUAUGCCCACCAUGGCGCAUGGUGGUCGCUGGAAACCCUGGAACAUUAAGCUGGAACAUACCAGUAAGUCUACCCAGAAACCGCAAUCUGAUGAUUCAAAGUCUAACCCAGACAGGGUUGGUAAAUAA